UCUGUAGUGAGCGCUCUACCACUGCUGCACCACAGAAGAAGACACUCAGUCGCUGCAUGUCUGUAACGAUGGCGGCCGCCUUGAGAGGAAGCUUAGUAACAUUGGUCAAGGGCCUGAGCGGCCCCCAGUGGCAGCAGCUGGCCUGUCGGCCAUUGAGUGUGUCUGCUGCUCUCUGUGGCCCAGAAGCCCCGCCGGCCCGCGCUGAUGCUACCUUCAAGGUCACGAUGGUGCCAGGGGAUGGAGUUGGACCUGAGCUGAUGACGGCUGUCAAGGACGUGUUCAAGGCAGGAGAUGUCCCGGUGGAGUUUGAGGAGUUUCACCUGAGCGAGGUGCAGAACAUGGCCAGUGAGGAGAAGCUGGAUCAAGUUUUAACCUCUAUGAAGAACAACAAAGUGGCCAUGAAAGGGAAGAUUCACACACCCAUGGAGUUCAAAGGGGAGCUGGCUUCAUAUGAGAUGAGAUUGAGACGUAAACUGGACCUGUUUGCUAAUGUGGUUCAUGUGAACAGCCUGCCGGGCUACAGCACUCGCCACAACAACCUGGACCUGGUCAUCAUCCGCGAACAGACCGAGGGGGAGUACAGCUCCCUGGAGCACGAGAGUGUGACGGGUGUGAUCGAAUGCUUGAAGAUCAUCACCAGAGUGAAGUCACGGCGCAUCGCCAAGUUCGCUUUUGAUUACGCCACCAAGAAAGGACGAAGCAAGGUCACCGCUGUUCACAAGGCCAACAUCAUGAAACUGAGUGAUGGCCUGUUUCUGCAGAGCUGUGCGGAGAUUGCACAGCUGUACCCCAGAAUCAAAUAUGAGAACAUAAUCAUUGAUAACUGUUGCAUGCAGCUGGUCCAGAACCCAUACCAGUUUGACGUGCUGGUGAUGCCCAACCUGUACGGUAACAUUAUUGAUAACCUGGCAGCGGGGCUGGUUGGAGGAGCUGGAGUUGUUCCUGGGGAAAGCUACAGCGCAGAGUAUGCUGUGUUUGAGACUGGUGCGCGCCACCCCUUUGCACAAGCUGUAGGAAGGAACAUUGCCAACCCCACAGCCAUGCUGCUCAGUGCUGCUAACAUGCUCAGGCACCUCAACCUGGAUUAUCACUCCAAUAUGGUGUCAGAUGCUGUGAAGAGGGUCAUUAAACAGGGCAAGGUACGGACACGAGACCUUGGCGGUUACUCUACCACUAGCGACUAUGUGCUUGCUGUUACGGAAAACCUGCGUCACCGACCUGUUUACUAAGAUGUAUCGUCACACUCCUUCCUUUAACUCUGGACAUUGUUCUUAACAUGAACUGGACGCAUGUUAAGACUCACCUCCCAUCUCACAAUGACCGUUGUGUCGCACAGUAUUGACGAUCACCAGUUGCAUCCUAAUGUAUGUGGUUUGUACUGGGUUUGCUCCAGUGGAAUCAAAUAGGGCCUUGUGUUGUACUUUACUAAAGGUUAUUUUCUCAUUAUUUAAUCAUUAAAUCGAUAUCAUCUUUUCACUUUUGCAGUUUCUUUUCUCUCAUUCUGGGAGACCUUUUUGUCUUGUUGCUUCAGCCAUGUUGGCCAUGCAGACUAACUCUCUGCUAUCAUACAUUGUUAGAUGUGUGAAGCCACCACGCUGCCUUUUAUCUACAGAUUAUAUUGGCUAAUCUGCUUUUGCCCCACACAUCACCACCGAUUUACUGUAACUCAGUAUACAGUCUGAUAACACAACUACAUCGUUAUACCGUAACAUUUCUGACCUACAAAUGUCUUAAUGUUGAAUACAACUCUUCUGCCAUUGCAGUGCUGUAAACUAAAAUCUGAACUGUGUUGUAACGAGUUACUUUAUGGCAAAGUACUCCUAAUGCAAAAUUAAUGUUUCUGAUUUUUUAACAUCAACAUUUCAAGCAAACUCCACAUAUACAACUUUAUACAACAAAUAUAUAACUCAUACUUUCAGGUUGACUGUCAAAUAACUUUCAAAAUGAGAAAUGUUAUAAUAAUUCCUCAGAUUAAUAUCCACUGUGGAAACACCGUAGAGCUCCCUGUGUGAUGUCCUCUGUUCAGCAUGAGUGGAGCAGUGCACAGCGUCUACUCUCGGUUCAAUUAUGAAUGAAAUAAAAAAAUAAUAUUUACUGUAGAUUGUCUGUUUUAGUUUUCAGUCCACAAAUGAAAUGGGUAAAGUCAUUGUUUCUAUAUUUAUAUACAUCCUUUCCAAGAACUCAAUCAACAGGUUUUUGUAAACGAUGGUGCUGCUCGGUCCGUCAGAACCUUUCAUGCCACAGAUGCUGUAAAAAUAGAAAACACUGCAGACAUCCAUGCUUAUUGUCUUACUGUGCCACAAUUUAAGACUUAUAAGACAAAUAAUAAAAGAUAAUAUAUUA